AAAUUGGAAAAUAUCACCGGAAAGGCCCGACCCGAAUAUGGAACCCGAAGACGACGAAGAGCCGCCACCGGCUAUUGCAAUCAACGCCGACGUCGUCGUCGGCGAGACCCCACCCCACCAAUCUGAUGUACUGCGCCCUAGUCAACGGCCAGAUUUUGCAGAAGCUCCGGCCGUCGGUGUGACAGUUAUCACAGGAUAUCUCGGCGCCGGCAAGUCGACACUGGUGAAUUAUAUACUGAAUGGACAACACGGGAAGAGAAUAGCAGUGAUAUUGAACGAAUUUGGGGAGGAGAUAGGAGUUGAGAGAGCAAUGAUCAAUGAAGGGGAAGGUGGAGCGCUUGUGGAGGAAUGGGUAGAACUUGCAAAUGGGUGCAUUUGCUGCACUGUCAAACAUAGCUUGGUUCAGGCUCUAGAGCAACUUGUGCAGAGGAAAGAAAGGCUUGACCAUAUAUUACUAGAGACCACAGGACUGGCGAACCCUGCCCCUCUAGCAUCCGUGCUGUGGUUGGAUGAACAGUUGGAAUCAGAUGUUAGGCUCGAUUCCGUUAUCACUGUUGUGGAUGCCAAAAAUCUCCGAUAUCAGCUCAAAUCAAACCAUGACUCGUCAUCUUUUCCUGAAGCAUAUUAUCAGAUUGCAUUUGCGGAUGUUGUGAUUCUUAAUAAGGUUGAUCUGAUAGCUUCUGAUGAUUGUGGAGUUGUCCUAGAAGAUCUUGAGAAGGACAUACAUAAUAUCAAUUCCCUUGCCAAUAUUAUUCAUUCAGUUCGCUGCCAAGUUGACUUGUCCAAGAUACUGAACCGCCGAGCAUAUGAUGCUACACAUGCCGCUCAUUUGGAAGCUUUAUUGAAGGAAAAUAGCACUCUGUCAACCAGUGCUAUCCAUGACAGUGGUGUAAGAACCUUAUGCAUUUGUGAGCUGAAGAAAGUUGAUAUUGAUAAGGUAAAGAUGUGGAUUGAAGAGAUCCUCUGGGAUAAGAAAUAUGGCAUGGAUAUUUAUCGGUGCAAAGGGAUUCUAACUGUUGUAAACUCUGAUCAGCUUUACACGCUGCAGGCUGUGAGGGAAAUAUAUGAGAUUGUUCCGACCCGCAAAUGGAAAGAAGAAGAGAGUAGAAUCAACAAAAUUGUUUUUAUAGGGCGUUCAUUAAAUGAAGAGAUUCUUGUUAAUACCCUGGGAGCUUGCACCAUGUAAUACCCUGCCAAUUUCCUGACCUAUGGCAUGCUGGCGUUGUUGGCGGGGAUGGAUUAUCAUUUCUGAAAAGGUUGGUCUGAUAGAGAGAGCAGGGAUUCUUGUCACACAGCUUCCCGGGGAAGCCGCGGAGAUUGAUCUGCAAAACGGGAGUGACUAGCGCCUGCUUGUAUGCCAAAAACCAUUUGUUAGAAAACGACGUUCAGGAACAAGAACUGUAUGGUGAUCAUCUUGUGUAUGAACAUAAUCUUGACUCCUCGUAAUCACAUCAAGUAUCCUGGUAUUACUGCCAACUAGGAUGCGUGCCUGUUCGAUAGAGGUUACAUAUAAAACUGCCUUGUGCUUUUAUCUGGAAAAAGAUGUCCUCAAAAGGCGGAGUCAGAGGUUAUGACACGAUGUAGAUCAGAGGAAAUGGUGCUGCAGAAGUAGCCAGGUUCAAGGAAAACAGUUAAAUUACUAGUUACCAACAGUUACUGCCAUAAGCCAUGGAAUAUAAGACAUUAUAAGCAACAAUUCUCAUCCCAAAUUUUGUACCCAGCAUGAAUGUCAUUGCUUUAAAGGCUA